AUGGUCGCGCCGCGACUCGCGGAGGUCGCCCGACUCUCCGACGACGAUCGCCUAGGUUGUCGCGACCACGCCGACGUCCCUCUAGCCGACGCCGGCCCCUCGCAGUCAGGUGGAACUAAGCCGGCCACCCUCAAGGGAGAAGAUGAACAGUGUCUCAUAACAAGGCCCCUUCACUCUCCUCGCCGCUCCGCUCUCUUUUCGCCUCAAGACCCACCUCGCGUUCCGCCCGAUAAGGCCGCCGCCUCCGCCGUCUCGUCCCGUCUCCGCCGCUGCUCCGUGUGGUGGUUUCGGCUCGCCGGGCCGUUCGAGGAGGAGCUUCCGCGGCGGGGUGGUGGCCACGGCCGCGCCCGGGUCGGUCAGAAGUCGGAGGAGUGGCAAGCGGUCCUGUCGCCCGAGCAGUUCCGUAUCCUGAGGCAGAAGGGGACGGAAUAUCCUGGCACGGGUGAAUACGACAAGUUUUUUGAAGAGGGGUUGUACAAUUGUGCAGCAUGCGGGACUCCUCUUUACCGUUCUACAACUAAAUUUAACUCUAGCUGCGGCUGGCCUGCUUUCUACGAGGGCCUCCCGGGAGCUAUAACCUGCACUGUGAAUCUCUCUUUGUAUCAAUUAAACGUGUGGUCACAGUCGGAUCCAGAUGGGAUGAGGACGGAAAUCACUUGCACUGCAUGUGGCGGCCAUCUGGGUCACGUGUUCAAGGGCGAAGGGUUCCCCACACCGACUGAUGACCGGCAUUGUGUCAAUAGUAUUUCACUCAAGUUCGUUCUUGCCAACUCUUAUCCUUCCCAGUAAACUUCUGCAACUAGACUGGUCGGUCGAUCACCAGACGCGACCUUCAACUGCUGCUGUUAUCUGAGAUUGUUUGCUUCCAAUUUCUGCACUAUGUACAAUAAGCUUCCCAUAAAUCUUCCCAAUCUGGAUUGAACUUGGAUA